CACACACACACACACAGACACAGACACAGACACAGAUACACUUCACUGCAGAGACCUUGCUGACUGAGGAGGCGAAUGAAGAUGAAGAUGAAGCUGCUUUUUGUUUCUAUUGUGAUGGUUAUGAUGUCAGUGCCGGGUGUGACAACAUUUUUUCGAGAACCUACAACAACCUCUUCAACAUGGACAACAGCUCGUCCUGCAGUAAAUUUGAAUGGGAAGAUGUUCACCUUAUCUUCUGAUGGAGGAGGAAUCUCCUUCUAUCCCCCCUCCACCACCACCCCCACCCCUGAGACCACCACCGAGUGGACCACCACCAACUAUGAGACUACCACUGAGAUCACCACCACCCCUGAGAACACCCCCACCCCUGAGACCACCACCGAGUGGACCACCACCAACUAUGAGACUACCACCACCCCUAGGACCACGCCACUUUCAACUACAGGUUUGUCUGUGUGUCUGGCUUACCUCACUGACUCUUCCACCGUACUAUUCAAACUCUUCCCAUCCAGCUCGUACCCUAUGACUCUGGAAACAGAUUCCGGUGUUUUCUACUCACUGACCUGGGAUGGGUAUUACUCAAAAACCUUCAAACCCAACGUUCAAUUCUGGCCAGGAGGUUUUUCCCCGGACAUAUGGACCAGAGUCUGUGUCACCAUGGACAGUGUGAAGAACGUGGGGCAGGUGUUCAGCGGCUCAAACAUGAGCGUCAGGAAGAGACUGCGCUAUCCGUUUCCACAGGGACAAGAACCUGUGAUCAAUGUUCCAGGAUUUGAUGGCCAGUUGACAGACGUACAGAUGUGGGAUUAUCCUCUAAACUACAGAGAAAUCAUCCAAUACAUGAGUCCCAGCACCUACGGGCCGUCCCGUGGCUCUGUCCUCACUUGGUCCCACAUCAGCUACUCUCUCAAUGAAGACGCGCUGUUGGAGGACACGUACGAGAUAUAGUAGCAACAGCCAAUCAGCAAAAGGGGGAGGGGGCGUGGACUGAGGGGAGAGAAGAAGAGCAGGAUGGUCUUCUGAGUGGAGGAGAGUAAGAAAAGAGAGGGAGGAGAGCUUCAGUGAAUCACACAAGCAGAUGGAGAGCAAGCUGCAUCCUCUGUUUCUCAUUUAAUCCUCCAAUAAUAACUCAGAAUGAAUCAACAAUCAGCAUUUAUCCAAAUCAAAUCAAACGAUUUGAUACAAUUAUAUUUACACAUAAACGGUGCUGAAUAGUCUCAGUAAUACCCUGGAUUCUAUAUAUUCAGACAUUUGACAUGUGGAGGAAGAAACUCCUCGUAACAGACUUGUGUUUUAUUCUGUGUGUAAAAACGCUGCUUUUUAUAUCGGCUCCGCUCUCCAGAAAAGGACAAAAAAUAUAGAUUAACCUGUAAGUUUCUGUUUUAUAUGAUUAUUUUAUAAAGAAAAGAGCUAAAAAUACUGACAGAGGCUAUAAAGCAGAGCAACGUGAGGCAGAAAUAACCAGAAUCUGACUCGGGAGAAAACACAAACUGAAUUCAGACAGUGUCAGGUCUUGCUCAAGGGCACUUUGGCCACAUCAGAUCUUAUUUUGAAGGGUCCUUGCGGUUGAGAAGACAUCCUGUGAUCUUCACUCAUUUCACUCCAGGGUGAAACAUAACGUAUGAACGUCACCGCUGAGCUUAAAACGAUUAUUUGAUUUGUCCAUCGAUGAUCGACAGAAAAUUUCCUGGCAACUAUUUAAAUAAAUGGUCAAGUAAAAAUAGAUCGAACGGUUUCACCUUCUUGUUGAGAGGUGGUUGAGUUUCCCUCUCUGUUGUAAUAAGUUCAAUAUUUUUGGCUUUUGGACUGUUCAAAAAACAAAACAUUUGAUGACAUCAUCUUCAGCUGUAGGAGAAUCUGUUGGUUAAUAGAACGAAUGAGACAUUUAAACAGGUGGUGGAACUCUUCUUCUUCUUCUCGACACCUGUCCGAGGCUGUUCCUUAAAUACGGAUCUUUAUUUAAACCCCAAACGUUUACUGUGCACAACUCAACUCAAGCAAGUGCUCAUCGUUUACUCAGAUAAACUAAAAGUGCAUCUAGGUCAAAAAUUUGUUUGAAUUUGGUUGAAAAGAUCAUUUCUGUUUCCUCAAUCGCGCCUGUUUUUCGACGGUUUACCGAAUAGAUUUUCUCUCUUUAAAAAAUACAUGAAGUUACAUUGGAUUCAUUCACUGAACUGAAGCACGUGUCUUUAAUUCAUCUCUUCCGCCAAAUAACCAGUCGUGUGUUUCUCCUGGAGUCACGAUAUCUAUCUGUGUGUUUCUAGGUUGUUGCUUUGGGGCCUGUUGCGCUUUCCAUUGUUUUUUUCUUCAUUAAUCAGCGUUUUUUUCCCCCCCGAGUGGGUCGCAGCGACCUGAGUGAUCUGCAGAAGACGGAGCUUCAGUCCACAGGUCGUUGACUUUGCAUGAACGACGGACGGACCUCCUCAGUCGGCUGUGGGGAUGUUAACAAGCUGAGGAAGUUUCUAAAUCCGCCUAAAACAAAAGUUACUAAUGACGAGUUCAUUUCUUGGUGGUUUGUUGUCUCGUGGGAGGAAGUUUCCUCGUGUUGGUGGAGCUGCUCUUUAACAACAGAUCAAACACGACAGGGUGGACGGUGUUGAACUGUAAAUAUGUGCUUGAUGUUCUAGUGUCAUGGUUAAUAAAAAGGCUUUUCAGUGAUAAUUAAAACACUAACUCCA